GCGGGACUGAGCGGCGGGGAGGAGGCAGGCUUGCGGCGCCGCGGGCCAGUAGCGCGGAGAGCGCGGGGUCGGAGAGCCGGUCGUGUCGGGCCCCUCGGGCGGGAGCCGACGGACCUCGCCGGGCCAUGGCACCUCCUGUCAAAGGGAAAAAGAAACAGUCAGAGGAGGGUGAAUCCCUUGACCCAUCUGUGUCCCCUCAACCCCAUGGUGAGCAGAGCAGGAGCCAGAGCCCCGUCCAUCUGGAGGUGACGGGCCGCCGCCUCUGGAAGAACGUGUACGACGAGCUGGGGGGCAGCCCGGGCAGCACGAGCGCAGCCACGUGCACACGCCGCCACUACGAGAGGCUAGUGCUCCCAUAUGUGCGGCAUCUGAAGGGGGAGGACGACAAGCCGCUGCCCCCUUCCAAGCCCAGGAAGCAGUACAAGAUGGCCAAGGAGUCCCGGGGCGAUGACGGGGCCCCUGAGAAGCUGAAGAAGGCCAAGGAGGAGAAACGGUUGGACCAGAUGGUGCCUGGAAAGACAAAAACCGAUGCCGCCCCUGACCUGGCACAGCUUCCCAGCCAGGAACCCCCCAGGGAGGGCCCAGAACAGCCAGGCCCGGCCCUGGGGCCCUCUUUACCGUUCACGGGCGCCAGCGGCUGCCCUGAGGCCUACAAGCGGCUCCUGUCCAGCUUCUACUGCAAAGGAACACAUGGCAUCAUGUCACCACUGGCCAAAAAGAAACUCCUGGCCCAGGUGAGCAAGGCAGAGGCCUUGCAGUGCCAGGAGGAGGGCUGUCGCCAUGGGGCCGGCAGCCCUAACAGGGACCCCCAGGCCUCCGCAGCUGUUCUCCUCUCGGAAAGUCCACAGCACCCAGGAAAGCCAGCUGAGAACUCCAGGCACCGGCUGAGCCCUCAGGAGGGAUUACAGGCCCCUGGUGGCAGCCUUAGGGAGGAGGCUCCGGCAGGUCCCCACCUGCCAGCCCCCAUCUUCACUGGCUGUUUCCAUGCGUACCCCACUGAGGUGCUGAAGCCUGUCAGCCAGCACCCUCGGGACUUCUUCCCCAGUUUUAAAGAUGGGGUCCUCUUGGGGCCUCCUGGCAAAGAGGAGGGCCUGGCGGUAAAGGAGUCCCAGCUGGUAUGGGGCGGGGAUGCCAACCGCCCAUCUGCAUUCCAGAAAGGCAGCUCUAGGAAGGGCAGCCCCUACCCCAAGCCCAAAGCCUGCUGGGUGUCCCCCAUGGCUAAGGUAUCUGCUGAGAACCCUGCUUCCCUCUCUGCCUUCCCUAGCAGCACAGGCCUGAGCAACAAGCGUAGCCUGGAAGAAGAGGGGUUUUCCCCUGGUGGCAAAAAACUGCGGGCCGUGUCUCCCUUUCUUAAGGAGAUGGAUGCCAAGGAGUGUGGGGCCAAAUCCGUGGGGUCUGGCUUGGCCGUAUCCUGCCUGCUGGGCCCCACGCUGGGGCCUGCCCUUCCCGAGGCCUAUAGGGGCAGCAUGCUGCGAUGCCCGCUGAACUUUGCUGGCACCCCGGACCACUUAAAGGGCCAGGCCACACUCCCCUUCAGCCCCUUGGUCAUCCCUGCCUUCCCGGCCCACUUCCUGGCCACGACAGCGCCCUCACCCAUGGCCACGGGUCUGAUGCACAUUCCCCCAGCGUCCUUCGACAGCACCUUCCGCCACAGACUUUGCCCAGCCUCGUCCGCAUGGCACGUGCCUCCUGCCACAACCUAUGCGGCACCCCACUUCUUCCAUCUCAACACCAAGCUUUAGGUCGGAGGCCGCAGUGCUGCACUGUGCUGUGCAGGGUCUGAAGGGGCCUGAGCCAGGGAGGCACUGCCCGGGGUCUGGGCUGGAGCCUAGUCCCCGGGAGAGCUGGGCUGUGCCCAACGCAGGAACGCACCCUAGGGAGCCCGGCACCAAAGGGGAGGCCGUGGGAAACCCAGGUUUGUCUCAAGGAAGCAGCCCGAGCGUGGGGCCCCGGUUGUUGGACGGGAUUUGGGAGAAGACGGUGCCCAGCUGGCCGCUCCCGGCGAGGUCCCCAGAGUGGAAGCCAGGAAGGUGCUGCAGGGCUGAGGAGGGGGGAGCAGCUUGAGGUAUCCAGGCUGCCAUGGAAAAGCCAAUAAAAGACUAGCGUGAAUCUACCC